AUGGUUGGCCCAGUCCGGGAUCCCCGCGUGCACAAGGCCAUGGUUUGGUUAUCGCACGUAACGAUCCCACUGUUCCGCUAUGUCGACCCAGCUGAGCACCAAGCUAAGCUGUUGCUCGAGGUAGCGACCAAGUUCGCGAUUUUGAUGGAUCGUUACAACCAAAGAAACCCCAACUUCCAGCUCCAACCAGAGUCAAGAACGCUCACUAUCUUCUGGCUCUACCACAACCGACCGGCGAUGGAGGCAAUGCAACUAGUCAACCCUCCGCGCAACACGGAAUCCCGCUUCUGGCAGCAGACCAGCAACAAACAGCAGGAAGAUCCCAACCGAGUCCUUCGCUUCGUGCUUGCCGUGGUUCAGCGGUAUCUCCGUCCCGGGGAGACCCGCCGCCGCAGCUGGUUCAUCAACCCGGCCUUUGCCUCGCUGCAAAAGCAGACCAUGCGGUUGUCUGCCACCGGACAGUGCGGGCUUAUCCAGGACAUGGACUACCCGCUGUUCAAGGCGACCUGUGGCAUCUCGCCGCUCCCGUGGAAGACGUACUACAGCCCGCAGGCUCGAGUCGCCUUCGUACCGCCCGGGGGAAGUGGGUCAUGA